CGCGGGCGCUACCUUUGCCGGCUUCAGUCAGAGCAGUUCGUAGCUCCCCACACUACGGUGUUAUACGCGUACACAUAACAUGUACUGAAAGUUACGUAAACUAUAAAGGGACUAUACGUUUAGUGAUCAUCAUAAAUGGGCGACGUAAAUAAGUUGAACACUUUGCCGGACCUCAUGAGAAAGUGCUUCAAAAUGGGACUAUUUAAAAUAAUCCCAAGUCAAGGGUUGAGUAAAGAGAAGCACCAAGAACCAGUUGAAGACAAUGAGCAAGAUGACGUGGUGACAGCCGUCAUCGGGAACUACGGCCGAUGGCAGCUGCUGAUGACCUUCCUCUUGUCACUCUUCUCGUUCCCCUGCACUUUCCACAUAUACCUACCCACAUUUACGGCCAAAAUGACAAACUUUUGGUGCCGCAGGCCCGAUAAUCUAUCAAGCCUACCGUUAGAUCAUUGGAUCAAUUACAGUCAGCCAAUAGACGCGUGCUAUGUCCGGGUACUGCCUGCUGGUAUAACCGCUGAAAGUAUUAUGAACUACACGGCACCUAUCCUGGACUCUUUCCAGAAGUGUACAGAAUGGGAUUACGAUCGUUCAGAAGUAGGAGACACGGUCAUAUCAGAAUGGAAUCUCGUAUGCGAUAAAGCCAAUCUCACUGUGUUAGCUGAAGUAGUGUUUUUGGUUGGAGUUGGUGUUGGUGGGGUUAUUGGUGGAUGGAUAUCUGACAAAUUUGGCCGUAAAAAGAUACUCAUGGGAAUGAUGGUGGCACAAAGCGCAUUAGCCAUCUUAUCUCUCCUAGUACGUUCAUACUUGCAGUAUGUCGUGGUGAGGCUUUUCAUGGGGCUGGUGUCAGUGUCCGUGGUGUAUGCCGCUUUCGUUCUAUCCGUGGAACUAGUUGGUGGUCCUUGGGUGACGAUUGCGGGAGUAUGCAAUUUCUUCCCUCUACCACUGGCUUAUGUGAUCGUGUCUUUGCUCUCAAUGAUCAUGCCAAACUGGAGGGACAUUCAACUUGCGUUGACAGUUCCGGGAUGCUUUCUAAUUGCAUUAUGGUUUGUUUUACCAGAAUCUCCAAGAUGGUUACUCAGUGUAGGAAGGACACAAGAAGCCAAAGUGAUAUUAGAAAAAGCAGCAAAGUUUAACAACAAGGGAAACGUAAUUGAUUUGGAUAAAAUGCUAUCAUUGUACAAACCAGAGGUCAGAAAAGAAGAGCCCAGUGUUACGAUGCUAUUUAAAGGAUAUUUAAUGAAAAGAACGUUAUGUUUAUUUAUAACAUGGUUUUCCAUGACCAUUGCUUAUUACGGUCUCGUGUUGAAUAUUGGAAAAUUCAACAUGGGCGAUUUGCACAUGACUUCGAUAAUUCUUGCUUUAGUUGAAGUACCGGCUAUAGCGUUGAGCAUUCCUAUACUAUUUAAGGCUGGUAGACGAAUGCCUAUAUUUGCUUCUAUGUUUAUAUGUGGAGCCGCGUGUAUUGCGAGCGAACUUUUAUCUAUAUCAUUCAAUGAUGAGUGGAUUAUGAUAUCGUGUCUCAUGGUGGGGAAGUUCGCAAUUGCAACAACCAAUAUGAUGUUACCCAUUUUUACUGCGGAGCUAUAUCCUACGAUAAUAAGAAAUUUGGGCGUUGGCGCCAGUCAAAUAUCAUCAGGAUUCGCACUGAUUUGCAUUCCAUAUUUAUGGGAAUUGACUAAAUUGAAUAUCCACUUGCCAAUGGGGACGAUAGCGGCGUUGAGCGCAGCAGGGGGAACCAUAGUCCUCUUGCUCCCUGACACUGUUGGUUCCUCGAAAGAAAUGCCAAGGAAAUCUGUCACGUCCCCUUGUAAUGGAACAUUUACGGUCACCGAUGACAGAGGACACUAACUGAAACGAGGAUUCUGUAAAAUGACGAUUGCACAGUUUUAUGAUUUGAAUGCUAAUUAGACAUAAGUAUUAAUCAGACCAAUUGCCUUCUAUAGGACCUGCCUUGCUAGAGGUUACCCCUCUGUCAAAAGUAUUAUAUGGAUCAUAAUCUACAGUGUCUAUAUAAUCGAUGUUUCAUUGUGUUAAAAUUACACCGGUGUAUUACAAUUCAAAUUUAUAGUUGCGUGUAGUGUAAGGACACAGGAUAUAUUUAUUAAUGUUAAUGAUUGCGAUGUGUGAGUUUACCUUGUAAACCCCCCUAAAAAAAUAGAAAUAAUUUUGUUGGUGAAUUGGAGUCUCAUACCAAUUAUUGUAUAGGACCUGCCUCGCUAGACGUAACUUUUCUGUCAAAGUAUAUGAUCAACGAUCUAAUGCGAUUGUAAAAACUGUCUCUAUAGUAUCGAUGUUAAAUAGUUGUAAUCGUGUUCGUCGGUUAAAGAGCUCCGAAAAAAUACCUUUUUGUGUAAGUGAAUAGUGUAAAAAACUGACAAAAACUACUAGUUUAGUAUAAGAUAUAUACCAAAUCUAAGCUCGUUUUCCUCAGAAAAUGUCAGAUAAUUUUGUUCGUAACUAUGAGUGCGAUACAGGUCCUUCUAUAAUUGGUCUGAGAUUGGAGUGCGAUACAGGUCCAAUAGGCAACAGAAGGUAAUUGGUCUGAGGUAUUAACUAAUAAGCAAGUGAUAGUAAGAUAAUUAAUAAAUGUAGUUAUAGGUAUGACUGCAAUUGAUGUAAAUUAAGAACAAAUGGAAACAUCGUAGGUUUUUCCGUAAUGUUGUUAAUAAGAUAUUCAAUAAGAUAUAAAUAAUUCACACUUCAACAGCUUAUAAUUUAAUUAUAUUAUGUCCUCGUAUUUGAACGGCUACAACAAAAUGGCGAGAUUUUUUAUAGUAUGGUUUUUUCAACUCUUACUCUAUUCUCUUCUUUGUCUCUUAGACCUGCUGGCCUAUACACUAUUUUGGUAUUUAAUAACCUAUUAAAAUAAACAUCAAAUCAAUUGAAAAAAUGUCA